UGCCAGUCGGCGGUCGGCCGCUGCCCGGGCCGCCGUGCCGGUGGAUGUCAAAGGCUGAAGCGGCGGCGCCGCCACAGUAUAACUCGUAGGGGCUGCGCGGCGGCCAUGGCCACAGCCGCCUCCAACCCCUACAGCCUGCUCGGCUCCGGCUCGCUCGCCCAUGCGGACGGCGCGGGCAUGCAGCAGGGGAGCCCCUUCCGCAACCCGCAGAAGCUGCUGCAGAGCGAGUACCUGCAGGGCGUCCCGGGCAAUGGGCACCCGCUGGGGCAUCACUGGGUGACCAGCCUCAGCGACAGCGGGCCCUGGCCCUCGGCGCUGGCCGGCGGCCCGCUGGAGCAGCCCGACGUGAAGCCGGGCCGCGAGGACCUGCAGCUGGGCGCCAUCAUCCACCACCGCUCGCCCCACGUCUCCCACCACUCGCCCCACGCCAACCACCCCAGCGCCUGGGGCGCCAGCCCGGCCCACAGCGCCUCGCUGGCCCCCCCCGCAGCCGCCGCCGCCGCCGGGCAGCCCCUCAACGUGUACUCGCAGGCGGGCUUCGCGGUGGGAGGCAUGCUGGAGCACGGCGGGAUGACCCCGCCGCCCGCCGCCGCGCAGGGCUUGCACCCGGGGCUGCGGGGCGAGGGCGGCGGGGAGCACGGAGAGCUGGGCGGGCACCACUGCCAGGACCACUCGGACGAGGAGACGCCGACCUCGGAUGAGCUGGAGCAGUUCGCCAAACAGUUCAAGCAGCGGCGCAUCAAGCUGGGCUUCACCCAGGCCGACGUGGGGCUGGCCCUGGGGACCCUCUACGGGAACGUCUUCUCGCAGACCACCAUCUGCCGCUUCGAGGCCCUGCAGCUCAGCUUCAAGAACAUGUGCAAGCUGAAGCCGCUGCUGAACAAGUGGCUGGAGGAGGCCGACUCCUCCACCGGCAGCCCCACCAGCAUCGACAAGAUCGCGGCGCAGGGGAGGAAGAGGAAGAAGCGCACCUCCAUCGAGGUGAGUGUCAAGGGCGUGCUGGAGACGCACUUUCUCAAGUGCCCCAAGCCGGCCGCCCAGGAGAUCUCCUCGCUGGCAGACAGCCUGCAGCUGGAGAAAGAGGUGGUGCGGGUCUGGUUCUGCAACCGGCGGCAGAAGGAGAAGCGGAUGACCCCGCCGGGCGAGCAGCCGCAGCACGACGUCUAUUCCCACGGCGUGAAAACGGACACGGCCUGCCACGACCUCUGACCGGGGCUGUCCGGGCAGUCAGGACUGCGGGCAGCGCGGAUUUUCCGCCGGGGCUUUAACUUAUGGUUUCCGAGAGGCAGGAGACGCGGAGCGGGUGCUCCCCGCCCGCCGCCUGGGCAAUAUUUUUUCUCUCUCCGACCUUUCCGCUGAUCAGUGCACGGUGUUUACUCGCAGACAAGGUUUGGUUUCGGUCACGACUAAGACGAAGGGGAAAAAAAAACAAAAACAAAACACAUACAAAA